GCCGGGAACAUUCUAAUUGAUGCGCGCGGUGCAAUCAAGCUGGGGGAUUUCGGUGUAUCUGCUUGUCUUUUUGAUUCAGGUGACAGGCAACGUACAAGGAAUACAUUUGUGGGGACACCUUGCUGGAUGGCACCUGAAGUCAUGGAGCAACUGCAUGGUUACGACUUCAAAGCAGAUAUGUGGUCUUUUGGUAUAACAGCACUGGAGCUUGCCCAUGGUCACGCUCCUUUCUCAAAGUAUCCUCCCAUGAAGGUACUUCUUAUGACAUUGCAAAAUGCACCGCCUGGCCUUGAUUAUGAACGAGAUAAGAAGUUCUCUCAGUCAUUUAGGACGAUGAUUGCUAAAUGCUUGGAAAAAGAUCCUUCAAAACGACCCACUGCAAGCAGUUUGCUAAAGAAUUCCUUCUUUAAGCGAGCUCGCUCUAGUGAUUAUAUUUCGCGAACGCUUUUGGAGGGGCUGCCUGCAUUAGGUGAUCGCAUCAAAGCCCUAAAGAGGAAAGAAGAAGAUAUGCUUGCAAAAGAACAAAUUCCUGAUGGGCAGAAGGAGGAAAUAUCACAGAAUGAAUACAAGCGAGGAAUUAGUAGCUGGAACUUCAAUCUUGAAGAUAUGAAAGCUCAGGCUUCAUUGAUACAGGAUUUUGAUGAUGCAAUGUCUGAAAUCAAUCCAGGAGGAAGUUCGAAUUCCACAUCACCAAAUGAUGUGCAAGAGAAGCAAUCACCACGUGCAAACCAAUCUCAACUUACUGACAUGGAAGAUAACGACGAGAUGCGAAAUCAAUCAGCUCCUGUGCCUGCAGUAGAUUUCACAACAACUGAUGCCAAGGUUAGAAGUGAAAAAUCUAAUGAUGCCUCUAUCACCAGUUUAAGCCAUGAACACAACUUAUCACAGAGUGCUUCACCGCGUCUUGAAGAUCAUGUAGUGGACCAUAAUUUUAGUGAAAAAUGUGAUAUGGAGAAUGGGGGAAGACAGGUGGAGCCUACUCAUUCUUACCACAGAAGAUGUUCAUCAAGCAUCUUACCUGAAGUUACUCACACACCUGCUCGUGGGGAAAUAGAGAAGAUACAUAAUCUGUCCCAUAGCGUUUCAAGUUGCAGUGCAACAACAGUACCACAGUCAGGAGAAGCUGCAAAUUUGGACGACACUGAUGAGAAAGUAAAGGUGCCAGUUGUUCAGCAGAGAGGACGUUUUAAGGUUACAUCUGAGAAUGUUGAAUUAGAAAAGGUGGCCCCAACUCCUAUUCUGCAAAAGAGUCAAAGCAUGCAGGUUAUUAGCUCGCACAAUGUAACUCCUCUACCUUCAAUUUUACCACUAUCAACGACAUCCCAGGCUACACCAACAAAUGUUUCUGGUUCUUCGCUUUACCAAUUAUUGCUUUGUGUGCUGCAAGCAAAUAUCGAACAAAGGGACACUAUCUUGCUUUUAAUGAAACAUGUAACCGCUGGUGACUCUACAGUUGAUGGAGCAUCUAACCAAUCACCGGCUUCGGCAAUGGAGAAAUCUUUGCUUGAAGCAUCUCACGAGAGAGAGAAAGAGCUACUUCAUGAAAUAACUGAGUUGAAUAAGAGGCUCCGAAGUGACCAGGAACAGAUUAAAAGAUUGAAAUCAGAAAACGCUCAGGUGUGA